AUGUCGCCCCAGGCCUCCACCUCCAUCCGCGGCCCCCCAACCCGCUUCGCAGUGGCGCUGUACCCGGGCUUCCAAGCGCUGGACGUGUUCGGUCCUCUCGACAUCCUCAACAUGUUGUCCAAGAUCCGCCCUCUAUCCCUACAAGUCUUAUCCGCAACGCUUGACCCGGUCCUGACGCAGACUUCGUCCUCGGGCCACUCUACGGGCCAAUCUGUCGUGCCCACGCGCACCUAUGCUGAUAGCGUCGACGACACCGAAGUCCUGCUCGUCCCGGGCGGCUUCGGCUCUCGCGAUCCCGCCAACGUGGCACCUGUCGUCGAGUACGUGCGCGCGGCGUACCCGCGCCUCAGGUACCUAUUGACGGUGUGCACGGGCAGCGCCGUGGUAGCCACGUCAGGUGUAUUAGACGGGCGGCGCGCGACCUCGAACAAGAUUGCGUGGGAGUGGGCCACGGCGCAGGGCCCGCGCGUGAACUGGGUGCGCCAGGCGCGCUGGGUGACGGACGGCAAUAUCUGGACGUCGUCGGGCGUCUCGGCGGGCAUCGACAUGAUGUACGCCUUCGUCGCGGAUCAGUACGGCGAGGACAUCGCGCAGACUCUGGCUGAUCGGGCUGAGUAUAUCCGGAACACGGACCCGGACUUUGAUCCAUUUGCCGAAAAAGCGGAGAACAGGGCUGCGAAGUAA